GUCGUGACGUCAGCCUCCCGACCAGCGGUGUGAUCCGAUCAUCGAUGAUACGAGGAUUUGGGAAGAGUUGCAAAGUCAUUUUAAGGGAUAAUUAAAGCGUGAGCUUUACACAUGCGGACUUUACCAUGCCGCUAAAGGAGUACUCUCUCCCGGAGGAGGUCUGGAUUCACGCGUUCACUUUCUUGUCGACACGGGAUAAACACAGCGUCCGCGCGACCUGCAGGUACUUCAGAGAAGUACUAGAUAAAAAUGUUUAUCUUUGGAAAGAUUUCUCCGUGGUCCUGAAUGACUUCUCACGAUACAAUCGGGGGUUCUGGAGAACCCUGGCUCGCAGAAACGUCCGCACUUUGGUCCUGAGGGAAGGCAAGAAGAAGUAUUUGCGGCCGCUGCCAGACGCGCUGCCGUCCGUGACAGGCGUCGCGCUGGACUACUGGUCGGAGCCGCAGCCGCUAGACACUCUGGCCCGCUUUUCCAAACUCACCAGUCUGUCGUUCCACAACUCCCAGUGUCCGCUGGACCUCUGCCCCCUGCUGCAGUUGCUGUCCCUGCAGGUCACCCGGCUCAGCGUGUGCAACGUGAAGCUCCGCUCUCCGACGGUCCAGUUUAUCAGCACCGUGUCCAAGAUGCGGAAUCUGACGCAGCUUCUGCACCACCACGACGGGACGGAGCGCAUCCCGCUGCGCGCUUUCCACGACCUGUUGAGCGGACUGCCCAGACUGCAGCACCUGUCUUGGGAGAUGGUGGCCCACCGGAGCCUGCCGGACAACUUCUUCAGCCCGCCCUCGGUUCAGCAGCAGCUGGAAGGCCCGCGGCCCCUCCCCCUGUCCAGCCUGGAGCUGCUGAACUACGACACGCUGGUGACCCGGGCGGCGCUGGCCCCGCUGGCCGGCCUCCGCAGGCUGUCCGUCCUGCACCUGUACUCCGUCCCGGGGCCGCAGUGCCACCUCUGCACCUGGCUGCUGGCCCUGCCCCGGCUGACCCACCUCAGCGUCCACGGGGGCCACCGUCUGGGGGCCUGGGCCGACUGCCUGCCCCAGUCCGUGGUGGGGCUGACGCUGUGCGUGGACCUGACCCUGGACGACCUGGUGGUGCUGGGGGCCAGGCUACCCCAGCUCCAGCACCUUCACCUGGAGCCCUGGGGGGCAACGGGCUACGUAGCCCUGGUCCCGGAGCUCUUCCCCCAGCUCAGGACCCUCAAGAUACGUCAUCACAACGUGCCAGAGUCGGACUUCCUUGGCCUCGCCCUUCUGGACAAACUACACCAUCUAGAGGUCUUGGACUGGUACUGCGGUCACCGCCGGCCGGCCGAGGGCCACACCCACAUCCGGCAGGCCGGCGGCCACGCCUCCACCAGUCCUCGGCUGUCCAACCUCAUAGCGCAGCUCCGACACCUAACCAAUAACCGGGUCCACAUCACCCCCAAACGCCAACAAGACCCUCUCUUAUGCCAGUGUCUUUCGUAGGUGCGUCGGUCGCACGUCGUGAUUCCCAACGGUGACAUGAAUGUUCAAGACGUAGUACGAAGUGAUUCUGCUGAAAUCUGAAAAGGUGCCUACAAGGAUAUGGAACCGAGAUUCCUCAGUGCUGAAAGAAAUGUUGAGGGUUUGACUUUUCUGCUUAUGUAAUUCCAUCUGGGUACCAAUGUUGCACUUCCGUUUUUGAAACUCAUGCAUGAUGAAAUCGGGUUGGACACUCAAUACUGCCAUUUUCUUUAAUUACAUUUUACACUAUUUAGGAUUAAAAAUUAAUGACUGCCAGAUUGAAGAAAUCUAUUGUUUUGAAUGAAUAGAAUGCCAUGAUAGGCCUGGAGUUUAAUGAACUACCUCCUGAAGUCGACCAUUACUGACCGGUCUAGGCAACGGUUAUGUACUUAAUCCUGGAGAAGCUAUGAUAAAUGUUGAGUAAAUUGCAAUUAUGUAUAAAAAAAAUUCUUUAAUACAUGACAGGUCAUUGAAAAACAACCCCCCCCCUUUACUUAGGCUUUGGGAGAGCCGUUUAUAUAAACAGGUUUUACAUUUUAUACAUCUUUUUAAAACCAGCAAUCCUGGAAGUGGGCCAGAUAGGGAGGGGGUCUAGGUUACCAUGACAACACCACAGGGCUGCGAGUUCAUUUAAGGCAAGAACAGACUUUCAACAUAAAGAGUUGGGGAGGGUCCACCCAAAAACAUUUUUAAGUUUUUAUUUACAAAAUGCAAAUGUCUGCAGCGGGCGACCGCAGACGUCUGGAAACAGACGUGUAAAAAAAAAAAAAAAAAAGGCAACUAAAAGAUCCAGAAGGUACUUCAGCGCACCGCGUUAGAGACGUAUUGUCCUUUGAGUCUCUGCUCCGGCAGCAGAGGCCUCACUCAGAGUCCUCCGCUGUCUUCUUCUUCUUCUUUUUCUUCUUCUUGGCACUCUCCUCACCCUGCAGGGGUACGGGUCAGUGGGGGAAAGCGUGAGUGGUCAUUAUAGAAGAAUUUCUAUAAUACAGGUGAACGCUAAACUUAAAGCUGCAGGCUUCACAGUGCGUGGGAUGCCCCCUAGUGGACGAGGCGGUCCCUGCUACAAGCCAUCAGUCAAGGGUGAUAGAUAUUUGGUCAUCCUCGCACAUAGUGCUCACGCAUCUAUAUAGCUCAUCAUUUGGCUUAAAGUACCCCACUGUAAUUAAAUUAAAUAUAUAUAAUGCAGUCUGUCCUUCAUUAGUUGGAGGACGUUUCCGCCAACUAAUGUAGUGUGACAUUUUGAGAAGAAUUUCAUGAGUAUACACGUAAUUUUUCCGUGAUCUUUAACCA